CUGUCAUUGUUUCUGUUGUUGUUGUUUUGUAUCGUGUUGAAAGCUUUUUGUUUGCCAACGUCUCAUGCGAAACAGUUGCAAGUACAGAAACGAUCAGCUACGACGAUUUUCAAAUUUGCGCGGAUAAAGUAACACACACAAUACAGGAAUAAAUAAACAAAAAACAGUAUAAACAACUUAUACACUCAAAAAAUAUUCUAACAGACAGCAAAAACGCAUCCAUUUUGACUGGCAAGCAAACAUCAAUCAAAUGAUUGUUACAGUUUUUCCACAAGAAAACGAAGUAAAAAAGAACAAAAGUGCGAGUGAAUGAAAGAAAAAAAACCUAAAAAAGGAAACAAACCCUUGAUAACGUAAUCAAAUACAAAAAAAGGGUUAAAUUUGCCACAUACUGAGUUGCUAUCUAUCUCAUCAUAUGUGCGUAAUUUGGCAGCUCACAACACUCUAGUGUUAGAAAACAAUUCUCUAAAUAAACAACUAUUUAUUAACGGUUAAAUUAAUAUAUUACUUUUAAAUUUAUUUAAAUUAAAACAAAAAUAAAACUACUAAAACAAGUGUUUAAAAAUUACAUUUUAUUAAAACAAAAUUCUUAUUUUUAUUAAAAAGAAUAGAAAAAAGCGCCAUGCAGUGAGCAAAUAACAACUAAUUUAUUUACCACCUGUCAUCACUCCUCAUCAACAACUUACACAUGACGGAUUACUAUACGGUCUAACAAAUUUCAAAAACAAAAAGAAAAAUCUAACUAAAAGAACAACAAUUGCAGUUAAGAAUAUACUUAAUAAUCUUUAAACACAAAACAAACAAUAGUUCAUUCAAACUGUGGCACAAAAAGAAGAAAAAAAUCAAGUUUUAUUUUUCUUAAACCCCGAGUGUGAGCACACACAGUAAGAGGCCAAUAAGUUUUUAGCAAAAUCUUUAACAAAAAAAAGUGCAACAAUAGCAUAACCAGCAACAGCGCUUAAGUCCUUUUAAUAAAACAAACAACAAAAGAAAAUUAUUACAUUAAUUUAAAACAAAAACUAGGAUUUUUUGUGUAAAAGUAAUUUCUGAAGAAUUUCUUAAGAAUUUUGUUAAAAUUUCGUUUUAAAGAAGUGUUUGAAUAUAAAAAUAAUCAAUCUUUAUUUUGUGUAAUAUUUUCCUUAAAGUGUUUUUCUACGGCUAUGACAAUACUUCCGGUUUAAAUUAAAAAAAAAAAAAAUCAAGAAAAAUUUUAAUAAAUUACAAUAUUUGACAUUGUUGUAGAGAAUAAAAAUUAAUUAAAAAUUCAACAAACAUGUUAACUGACAUGACACCGACGGCUGGUCAAUUAUAUGGCUCACAAAUACCCACCAUGGGCAUGAAUAUCACUAACAUAGCAACACAUUUACAAAAGCCAACUGUUAAUCCGGAUCACCCUAGCUUAAGAGGCACUCCCUUGGCUAUGCUGGCUGCCCAGUGUAAUAAAUUAAGUAGCAAAUCCCCACCACCACUGGCAGAUGCAGCAGUGGGUAAAGGUUUCCAUCCCUGGAAGAAAAGCCCCACCUCACCAACUUCGCAAGCUAACAGUAACAAUAACAACACCUCCACUGGUUCAACGAGUUCAAACGCCUCAGCAGGUCAACAUUCUCCCUGUGCUAUAUCAUCGGCUUCCUCGACAAAUUCAUCAGUGGGCAGCAAUAUACCAGGCAUCUGCUCUUCAGCAGGUUCCAAUACUUCUCGGAGUAUACCCGGCAGUGGCAUAAACACCAUGGUUAAUAUAACAGCCAGCAUUUAUCCUUACAGUCGUCCCAUAACCUCAUCCUGCGCUGCUGUUACCACACCCUCGGCCUAUGGCAGUGAUUUAUUCUAUCCCAAUACCUCUACCACUACCGGUGGCAUGGUCACCGAUAAUCAUCAUAUGCAUCAGGGCUUGUUGGGCAAAGUGGAAGGGGCCACCUUUGGUUCGGUGUACUCCAGACAUCCAUAUGAUUGGCCGUUUAAUGCGGUGACUGCAUCAGCCCAUAAAGCAGCAGAGGCUGCCAGUGUUAAUUCGGGUUGGUGGGAUAUGCAUAGUGCUGCUGCUGGCAGCUGGUUGGACAUGGGUGGAGCAGCUGGUAUGCAUUCGACUAUGGCCAAUUAUGCUACCGCCACUUCUGACUAUUCUUCAGCCUUAAGUCAUUCGCUUUCAAAUACGGCUCAUCUUUUGGGUUCUGGACAACAUUUACUACAGGACACCUACAAAAGUAUGUUGCCUACCCAAAGUGUGGGAGGGUUCUCGCUACCACAUAGUUCCCCCUCUGCAGUAUCGACAGCUUCAACACCACAGGCGACGUCUCCUACCACACCCUCACCUAGAUCUCAGCGUAGAUAUGCUGGACGAGCUACUUGUGAUUGUCCUAAUUGUCAAGAAGCCGAACGUUUAGGACCAGCAGGUGUACAUCUAAGAAAGAAAAAUAUACACUCCUGUCAUAUACCAGGUUGUGGUAAAGUUUAUGGUAAAACUUCUCAUCUUAAAGCCCACUUAAGAUGGCAUACCGGUGAAAGACCAUUUGUAUGCAAUUGGCUGUUCUGUGGCAAACGUUUUACCCGCUCGGAUGAGCUGCAAAGACAUUUAAGAACCCAUACUGGUGAAAAACGUUUCGCUUGCCCUAUUUGCAACAAACGCUUCAUGCGUAGUGAUCACUUGGCCAAACAUGUCAAGACCCAUAAUGGUGCCACCCCGCCAAAUGGCAUUAAAAAAGGUUCAUCAGAAUCUUGUAGUGAUUCUGAGGAUGUAAACAAUCAAUCCAAUGAAUCAAAUGGUUUAAAUAAUUCGGGCAAUGGCAGUAACAAUACUAACAAUGGCAACACUAAUAGCAACAGUCAUCCUGGUACACCCAAUUCCCAUCAACCCGGUACUCCCACACAAGGUCUUAAUCAAAAUUUACAUUUGUCCUCGCCUCAUCAUAUGUCGAGUGGAUCCCCGGUUAUGUUUAACCAUCAGCAGCAUCAACUGCAUCAUCAACAACAACAGCAGCAGCAACAGGUCCAACAUCAUUUGCAUCAACAACAGCAACAACAACAACAGCAGCAGCAGCAACAACAGCAUUCUCAUCCUCAUUUACAUGCUCACAGCCAUCAUCAUCACCAUCAUUUAGUGGGUAGCAAUUCGGCUGCCUCCAGUCCCGUGCUAGAUCAUCACAGUACUUUAGUUGACAUAAAACCACCCAUGGUUUGAGGUUCACUAGGACCCUUUCUGUUUAGUAACUGAACAGAGGCCGGGUCCUAUCUAAAGGAUUUUAUAACAACAAUGGCUCUUUUUGAGGAUGAAGAAAGGGGUGAUUUAUAAAGAAAGAAACAAAUGUAAUAAAUUAAAUACUUAAUAUUGUAAAUAAAACUAAUUAUGGAUUGUUAGUACUUAAACAAUAAAAUUACUAAAUUAAUUAUAAAUUAUUAAGCUAAAUUAAAAUGAAAACGAAUUAGAAAAAGAGCACUUAAGAGAGGGUAUAAAGAGUUCCAAAAGAGUAAAAAGCUAAACAAGAAAACUUAAAAAGCACAACCAAGCUCUAAGAGAGAAAAGUGGAUAACACAUAAAAAGUACUUAAUUAAAAACAAAUAAAUUAGUUAGAACUUUUAGCUAAAAACAAAUAAAUCCCUUUAACCAAAACCCCUGUACAUUAAGAAUUACAAUAAUUUUACAAAUUAAUCCAAACCAAACUCUCAACGAGCAAUUUAUAACAAAUAUACAAUUAAA